UCGGGCGUCUGUGUCCAACGCCCACGUCAGCAAAUACCUUUUGUUUCUCUCACGUUCGGGCUUUCGGGGCUGCGGGAGCACCGCGUCGCCUUCAGCCACCGAGAGCCCCGACGCGGGGCCGGGGACCCCGCACCCAGCGCCCGCUGCCCUCCCUUCCCCUGGUCUCGGCGGCAGCCGCCCGCAGGACGCAGCCGAGCGAGGCUUCAUUUCACCUCUUCUGGAAUGGAGAUUUCUUCUCACCAGUUUCACCUCUUGCAGCAACUAAAUGAGCAGCGCAGGCAAGACUUAUUCUGUGACUGCAAUAUCCUGGUCGAGGGAAAGGUGUUUAAAGCCCAUCGCAAUGUGCUGUUUGCCAGCAGCGGCUAUUUCAAAAUGCUCCUCUCGCAGAGCUCGAAGGAGACGAGCCAGCCCACCACGGCCACUUUCCAGGCGUUUUCUCCAGACACAUUUACAGUUAUUCUAGAUUUUGUGUAUUCAGGCAAACUGUCUCUCACUGGUCAGAAUGUGAUCGAGGUGAUGUCAGCCGCCAGCUACUUGCAGAUGACGGAUGUCAUCAGCGUGUGUAAGACGUUCAUUAAGUCGUCGCUGGACAUCAGUGAGAAGGAGAAGGAUCGCUACUUCAGUCUGUCAGACAAGGACGGGAAUUCCAACGGCGUGGACCGAUCCUGCCUGUACAGCACGGGCUGGAGGGCAGAGAGCAGCCCCCCGCGUUCGCACUUAAGUCCAGACCAAGGGACGUGUAUGAUGGGUGGAAACACUUGGAGCAAUUACAGCUACUAUCCAGCCUCGCAGAGGAACACCCAGCAGCAGCUGUCCAAACACGAGCAGCGGCAGGAUUCCAUCAAGAAGUCGCGGCACCUGGGCCUGCAGCAGCCUUCGGACAUUCCUCACUAUAAAUCCAGCAAGCUGGAGGAGCGAGCUGCCGAGCCCGCCGGCCACAUGGCUCAGCCCGAGGAACAAGUUCAGAUCGAAACAGAAGUUGAGUCUCCUCACGUGGGAUACCAGUACGGGCAGGGGUCUGAUGUGAUGCCGAGGAGCCUGGCUGUGUCACAGCAGGAGCACGAAUCGCCCCGUUCCUCCGGUAAAUCCAAGUCCUCAAAAGCAGAGGAGCAGUACGCGAGCAUGCCCUCCAUCCUGGGCGUCAUGGGCAACUGGGCUGAAGAUGACCUGCCCAGGAUGAGGUUCAAGUGCCCAUUCUGCACCCACGUGGUUAAAAGAAAAGCAGACCUAAAGCGUCACCUCCGCUGUCACACAGGAGAGCGCCCUUACCCCUGUGAGGCAUGUGGGAAAAGGUUUAGCAGGCUAGAUCACCUCAGUAGCCAUUUUCGAACAAUUCACCAGGCUUGCAAGCCCAUCUGCAGAAAGUGCAAGCGCCACGUGACGGAGCUAACGGGCCAAGUGGUCCAGGAGGGGACGAGGCGUUACAGACUGUGUAAUGAGUGUCUGGCCGAAGCUGGCAUAGACAGCAUUCGCAUUGACUUGGAGGCUGAAGCACCCCUUGAAUUUCCACAAGAUGGGGAUAAGGAUUCCAGGUGGCACUAUGGGGAAGACAACAGAUCUGAUGUGGAGAUCGUGGAGGAUGGAUCGACUGACUUGGUCAUUCAGCAAGUUGACGACAGUGAGGAUGAAGCAGAAGAAAAGGACGUAAAACCAAAUAUUAGGUAGUUGCAAGACAAGAAUUAGGAAUUCCAUGUGAGAGGGAGGACGUACUGUUGUGAUCAUAAGCCCUCCACCAACCAGCCUGUUGUUCACCAUCCAGAGACGCACUGUGGUUCCUCUUGAACAGGUCCAGACUUUGCAUGUAUUUAUGGACGUGCCACUGAGUCGAUUUGGAGUUUUGUUAUCAGAAUACCCAGCUUUGCUUCAUUAGAAUCAUCCUUACGUGAAAUAAUGAACAAGGAAACUGAAAUACCACACAAAUAACUUUUGAUAGUAGACAAUGGGUCACUUCUCAAAACCUCUUUCAAGGGAGUGAGGUCUAAGACACCUGGCACUGUAAAUUGCCCACUUUUACAAACUUGCAGAGAUGUGGAGUUCAUGUGUGAUAAUCUCUGAGGAUAAACAAAGUAUCAAUACCCCACAGCCAGAAUGUAAAGAAAACCUGUCUUCAGUAUUCAGAAAUGAAGAUAAUAUCCCAUUAAGUCUUCAUAUUGUGAUAAGGAAAAAAGGCAGCUAAUUAAGAAAAAGCAUAUACAAAUGUUUUAGUGUGUUGGUCUGGAAAAGCCCUGCAUCCACAGCACUGUCCCUGGCAGUGUCAGCUUCUCCAUGCCAACGUGAAGGAAACAUGAAACAUUCCUCACAAGGUUACUCCAGCUGCUGUUUUCCCUCUUUGUCCCCUGUUUAUUUGCCAGUAAGGGUGGCAGAACAAUUUGUACAGAAUACAUACUCUGUCACUAGAAAUGGAACUGGUGAGACCUUCCAUCUGAAAGCACUGACUACUUGUGUUUGUAUUGAGCUGUACUCAGUUACACCAUUGAGUUUUAAGAUGGAGUCAUUAUCAAUUUAUAUAUUCCCAAAGCCAUUCGGUCACCAAGAGAACACUCUUUAACCUUUUCAGUCUGCACUACAUGCCAAUGAGAACAAGCUGUACUGGAGGUUCUAAACAUUACAUUUGUGUCAUUUUACUUACAAUUAGACUACAAGAGAUGAGGUGACUAAUGGUGAAGGAAAUUUACUACUGUAACGAGCCAUUUUGUUCUGUUACUUAGUGAGUUUAUCUGAAGCAGCACUGCAAACAGGAGGGGAGCAGAAAUAUGCUCCUGGGAAGCCUUUACUGUGUUUUCUUGGACAGACCUGAGUAAUACUACAGUCCUCAUCCUGUGAUCACUGAACUCCAUGGGUAUAGGCUUAGAAAACAUUUUUGUUCUUCUUUUCACCUUUGUGUGUGUGUUUGGCUGAAACCCAGGAUUAGUUACAGAGCAAUCCCAUAUUUAUACUCUAUAGUCUCUUUCCCAGGGCCAGCUAAAGAGGCACUAUUUUAUUGUUUGUGUAAAAACUGUAUAGGCUUAUUAAUAUCAUCGUUACCAGAGUGCAGCAUUUUCAUUCCAGGCUGCAGAUGGCCAGCCUGGUCUCUCAACUGACAGCUCAAGUGCUUCCUAUGAAGUUCACGGUGUCAGCAUCAGACAACCUUCCCCUCAGCCACGCUGUCAAGAAGCAGUUUGCUUGUCUGAGCUAAGGAGAGAGGAACUAGUGUUUUAUUGUUCCUACAAAAAUUACCAUCCAUUGGCUUAGACUUGGGAGGUGUGUGGAAGGGGGGAACUUAAAACACUUUCCAGUGACCAAUGUGUAUUUAAAAGGUGGAUGUCAAGAGGAUGGGUGGCACUUUGUUGUCUCAAGUGGCAGGACAAGGGGUAAUGGACAAAAGCUGGAACAAAAAAAAAUUCCACUUAGGGAAAAACUACUUUACUGUGCAGGUGAGGGAGCCCUGGCCCAGAGGCUCCUUCUCAGGAGGUCUCCAAACCCACCUGGACAUGUUCCUGUGCCCCCUGAGCGAGGGAACCUGCUUGAGCAGGGGGAUGAACUAGGAGCUCUCUAGAGGUUCCUUCCAACCCCUGCCAUUCUGUGAUAUGAAAACAUCUUUUCCAAACAAGACUUAGACUUGCCCCCAUCCAUAAAACGUGAAAUGAACUGCUUAAUUUCUUGGAGCUUAUUACUCCUGCAAUGCAUAUUAUUAAAUGGCUGAGAAAUAUUCCUGAGCAACCUUAACAAAAUCAAAUAGAGAACAAAGAAAUAGAUAAAAGAAUAUGGAAUUACUUCUAUCAAAUUUCAAGAGAAAAUGCUUGCUGAAAUCAAAUUUAGUAGUUUCUUUCCAUUUCCCUUUACAUUAAACAGCAUGUGCAAUACAUUGUAGGUAUCAGUGCCUGUUGUCCCAGAACACAGAGUGUCUGGGGUUUGUGGGUGUGUUUGGGGUGGAUUAGGGGGAGGGAAAAAUCCAGUGUCACUCUAGUCCAGAAAUCUGAACUGCCAGCUGUAAAGGUGAGGCAAUUAAAUAUUUCUAUGUACUUCAGGGCGUUUUUAGAAGCAAAGGGAUUUUUAGAUCAAUACUCAAUCUAAUUAGAUACCAUAAAUCUCAGAAUACUGAGGACCAGAUGCUUCAGAAAAGGAUGUGAAGUGGCUAUAAAUGGGCAAAGGGAACAAUCUAUCUGUAUGAAGACUUUAAAAUAUGGGCACACUCACUCUUGAUUUGCUUGACAAGGGUUUUUACUGGUUAUAUAUGUUAUUGUUACUCUCAGUAGCAUAACUAGGUAUCCAUAGUAAUUGUUAAAAGUAUCUUAUUAAGCUUGGAGUUCUAGCACCAGGCUGUGACUCCCACAGCUCACUUAUGGUUUGUAUUUUUAAAGGGUUGCUGGUUUUUACAUUUGUUGCCUUAAUUUCAGUUGUUGUUCCCUUAUUUUUGUAUUGCAAGAUGAGAUAAAUGUUAAGUGCCUUCUGUUUUCUAUGUCCUUCAUUUUACAUGGCCAGUCAUAUGUUUUGCUUGUUUUUCUCUAAAUGAAAGUAAUCCACUUAAGUUUUCA